AUGCCCCGAUACCACCCAUACAUUCACCUACGCAGGCUGAAGGUAGGGAUCACGGCGCAGCGAUUCGGCGACUGGUGCGAGUCAUUCCGCUACAUUCCGGCGCUGCAAGAGCGCAUUCGGCAGAUCGACAGCGAAGCAACCGUGGAGCUUUUGACUUACAAUCACGAAUUUCUCCGCUUCUUCAUGGCGCCGAGUGCAACACGCGAAUCACUGAAGACAUGCAGGCCUCUCAUCGCAAUGGACGGGACUUUCCUGAUCCGUGCUCAGAAGGCUACUCUGCAGUACGCCAAUGCGAUGGACGGCAAUCAGCAGAUCAUCCCCAUCGCGUGGGCGCUCGUUGAGAGCGAAACCAAGGACACAUGGACUUGGUUUUGCCGACUCUUUGAUAAGCACUGCUCCGAUUGGAAGGGACGGGACGACGCGUCCAUCAUCAGCGACCGGGACAAAGGCCUCAUCCCGGCGGUGAAGGAAGUGUUCCCUGAGAAGGUGGCGCACUACUUCUGUGGGUGGCACAUGCAGCAGAACGUGAAGCGGUUCGGGAAGACUUCCGCGGACAUGUUAUGGUGGCUUUUGACAGCCCGGUCUUUGGAAAUGUACAGAGAGCUCAAGAUCGGUGCACGGGAAUCCCAUCCCCUGCUCACGACUUACCUCUACGGUCCGGCGGCUGUGGCCGACGCGCCUGGGCCAAACCCUACUCCACCAACUGGCUUUCGUAUUCGCCGACGCAAUGUUCAGCAAACACGCCGGACGCGCGCGACCGCCAACAACAUUGCGGCCGAAGCGGCGGAAGCACGGCGGCAUGCUCGCCAAUCACAGUCGCGGCGACGCGGCCAGCGACAGAGACAGGGCGGCGCAGAACGCCCACCUCCGAAUGCCACAGCGGCUGGGCAUUCAGCAGCGUCCCGCCACUCCGCAGCACCGUCACCCGCUGCUGCGACGCGCACAUCCGCGGCACCGUCACCCUCUGCUGUGACCCGCCCAUCCGCUGCACCUGCAUCAUCCGUAGCGCCUAGCCCAUCUGCAGCGCCAGGGGCGUCCACAGCGCCCCGCCCGUCCACAGCACCCGCUUCAGCGACACGCACAUCCGGGACACCUGCAUCAUCCGAAGCGGCAUGCCCAUCGUUAGCAGCGCCACAUCCAUCCGCAGCACCGCCACGCGCUUCUGCGACCCGCCCUUCCGCUGCACCUGCAUCAUCCGCAGCGCCCUGCCCACCCGCAGUGCGAAUGCCCUCUGCAACCCCUCGCCCGGCCACUACUGCAAGACCAUCCGCAACACCGUCACCAUCCACUCCGUUCGACCCAUCUGCUGCAUCAGCCGCGUGCUUAAACUUUGACAACAUUGUGCUAAGAGCUGCGGUCCCGGGAGUCGUACCACCAACUGAGGCACCAAUCCGGGAGCCACCACCGACCGCAACACCCACCCGCCAGCCACCACCGACCGCGGCAGCAACUCGUGACCCUCCUCCUCCCACCGUGGAUCCGGGAACGGCGCUUGGGCAAACCAACGAGGAGAGGCCCAGCGUUGUAGAGGACGAGGCGAAAGUCGUGGAAGAGGACUCCCUGGAGGACGCGAGGAGAUUCGGCAUCUACACUAGCAACAUGGCGGAGUCGACCAACGGGGCCGUAAAAUCCAUCCGGCGCCUGCCACCCGCGUAUCUGUUAGCAUCGAUGUGGGACUACAACGUCAAGAAGUUUCAUGAGCGACGUGAGGAGGCGAGAGCCCGGGAUGACUACUUUACGGAGUGGGGCAGGAAACGGUAUGAGGCGAAGUGCGAGCGGGCAAAGAACUACGAGGUGAAAAUCUCCAACAUCGAAUUCCUGGCGGAGGUGAUAAACAACGGCAACACGACGGACCCUACUCCACAAAGCUUCAACGUCGACCUACGUGGCGAGGGUAGCCGUGAGUGUGGCAAUUGGACAGAGUAUGCUUUUCCGUGCGCACACGCCAUGGAGUUUUUCCCCUUGGCAAACAAGAACGGGUGGGAGUAUGUCAGCGACUAUUACACCACAUUCAACCUCCGUCGCACAUACUCCCACACCAUCCUCCGGACCUGCAUCAACACCUUGAUGGCACAGACAACACCUGUGCCUCAGGGGUAG